CUGCCUAUCGCCUAUCGCAGCCCACCGAAAAGUCAUCUAUGACGACUUUUGGUAGUUUACCAAUAAGCGACUAUUUUUAUUUAACUUUUUGUGCACCUACGGAGUCAAGUUCAUCACGUCCAACCACGACGAUGCCUGCCACAUCCCGCUGCAGCCGCCAGUGAACCGAUUGGCCCAAGUAUUCACGCAUUACGAGGAUUCUUUAGAGGAUUCUGCCUGCGUGGAUGUACUUGAUGGUUCGGUUGUUCGCUUGUUGGGUGCGCAAGUGGAAAAGCCAAGAAACCAAUAGUAAUCAGUUAAUUGCCGCGACGACAACCGAGUAGCCAGCAGAUAAUCAGCGCAGUCGUUUGCACCAACAACCACCACACAGCGCAAAACCGCUCCGCCGCACAAACAACAAAAGCUGGUACAACAAAAGCAACGCACUAGAAGAAGAAGCGGUACGCCGGGAAAGCGGACAGGUGAUGAGUAAUAGUUCAGAAGGUAACGGUACCGGGGGUCGGCGCACCGUUGACUGGCAAAGAUUCGGACUUGGAGGCGACGAGGAUGGCGAUGUGACGGUGGCCAGUUUCCGUCAGCGGACAAACAACAACACGGGCGGAUUUGUGGAUCUGGGUAACGAGUACACGUACGCAGCUGGUGGCCACCAUGCCUCUGGGGCAAAUGAGAUUUUUGCCGGUGAACAGGGCGACAAGCCCUGGUGGCGCUCGAACUUUUUCAUCUCACAACCUGUGCUUUUUGGCACCUGGGACGGGGUGUUCACCUCCUGUCUGAUCAACGUAUUUGGCGUGAUCGUGUUUUUGCGAUCCGGAUGGAUCGUGGCCCAGGCGGGUAUACUUAACGCGGUGUUGAUCAUCUUCUGCACGGUGGUCAUUGCUUUGGUGAGCGUGCUGUCAGCGAUCGGGAUCUGCGAGCGGUGCCGGGUCGAAAGUGGCGGCGUUUACUUCCUUAUAGCCCACACCUUAGGCUCGCGCUUCGGUGGCGCCCUGGGAUUGCUGUACUGCUUCGGCCAGGCGGUGGGAUGCGCCCUCAACGUGAUGGGAUUCGGCGAGUCGAUGGCCGGCCUUGUGGGUCUUGAGGGCAACAAAUGGGCCAUCCGGGGCUUUGCUACAGCGGCUGUGCUACUGUUGGGCUGCAUCAACGUGGCCGGCGUCAAGUGGGUCAUCAAGCUGCAGUUCAUCCUUCUCAUGAUCCUGCUCAUUUCUGCGCUGGACUUUAUGGUCGGCAGCUUCACCAGCGAGGACAAAGGCGACGGUUUCAAUGGCUGGGUCAGCGGCAACUUCGUGGAAAACCUGUGGCCGAAGUAUGACGACGGCUAUUCCUGGUUCCGCGUGUUUGGCGUCUUCUUCCCCACAGUCACAGGCGUUCUCUCUGGCAUCAACAUGAGCGGUGAUCUGCGUGCUCCCUCUACAGACAUUCCCAACGGCACCCUGGCAGCCUUUGGCACCUCAACGUUUCUGUACCUGGUGUUUGUACUCUUUCUGGGCGCAACCUGUCAGCGUGACAUCCUUUACACAGACUACAUGAUCUCGGUCAAGGUGUCGGCCGCACAUUUCCUGCUUUUGGCUGGCAUCUAUGUAUCCAGUAUGUCCUCCUGCCUGGGCGCCAUGUACGGCACCCCGCGUGUCCUUCAGAGCAUCGCCAAGGAGAACGUCAUUCCCGGCAUCGAUAUCUUAGGAAAGGGCCGUGGUCCCAACAAAGUGCCUUUAUACGCCAUGGCCAUUGUGGCUUUGGUCACCGUCACCUUCAUUAUCGUGGGCGACAUUAACUUUCUGGCGCCCAUCGUGACCAUGCCUUUCCUGCUGACGUAUGCCUGCAUCGAUUACGCCUACUUUGCACUGGCCCAGACCUUUGAUAUUCAAGAACAGCGCGAGGAGCGCUUUCGCAUUCAGGCCUCAAGUCCUAGCUACGAGACGCGUCGCUACGGCAGUGUCUCAGACACGGGCAAUGAUCUUGACCUGCUGUUCCCGGAUCGAGUGCGGCACAAGAACCUGCAGAGUCCGCAGAACUCCCCGCUCCAUCAGACGGUGCCGCUGGAGCUUCACAGUGAGGGUCCCAGCACCUCAAACCAGGCGCAGGUCUCCCGUUCCUCGGAGCCGAGGUUGGGCAACGAGGCGGACACAACUCUAGCCGUGGAUCAGGUGGCCGGGCAAGGAGGCAGCGAGCACGAUCAGGAACAGGGCGACGAGAUCGAACCGAUAGCUCCAAUACGCCCGCCCAUCCACUCUAAAACGAAAAACUGGUACUCGGGCUAUUGCAAUCGUUGGGCCUCGCUUCUGGGAGCCUUCACCAAGCUGCUGGUCAUGUUGCUGGUUAACUGGUACUACGCCCUCACUUGUUUCCUUGUGGUGUUUGUUGUUUGGUUUUACGUGGGCACGGCCAAUCCGGCCGUGAAGCCAGGUCUUACUGCGGAGUUUAAUUUUUUCGCCUGGCUUAAGAGUGUCAUAUUUCGGUGCUUUGGCAAACGGAUUAAUGAAUACGAACAGAUCGUGGUCACGCCCUCAUGUCCUGGCGUGGAUCUCUCGCCCACGCAACUUAACGAGCAGAACGAGGACUUUAGCCCGAGGCCCAACUACCACCACUCGUCCGUCAUCGAGGGCCGACUCAUCGAUGACAUUUAGACCCUAUAGGGAUCAAGGAUCUUGGAUCACCUGCAAGCAGUGGUUGAAGGGACAGGGGGUGUGGCUGUGGAAAGCAAUAGUCGAGUGCAUUUCUUAAACACUAACAAAUAUUAAACUAAACUACAGAAAAGUGAAGCAAGCAAAGCAACCAAUCUUAAGAAAACUCUUUACUAUGCAGACUUACUCGCUAAGUAUGUGUGUAAAUUUGAUGAAUGUAUUUAAUGUAUAGCUAAGGAUAUCGGUAGCUACGGUCACAAUGAUGGGACUUCAAUCUUCGUAUUAGUCUUGUUUUUUUCUUGUUUGAACAAUCGUUUCCAUUAAUGUCGUCUUAAAAUGUUAUCAUUUUAAACAAAAUAGAUAGUUGCAGACUAGUUAAGGAAAUUGAACUAUAGAGAAGUUGUAAAAUUAUUGGCUUAACCUUUUUGUUGCUGGUGUUUCAAAAGACGUCUGUACCUAUUAUUAGAGCUUUAAUCAAAUUUAUAAUUGAGGGUGCUUUCAUUUUGACCGUAGCUCUUAUUUCCUGCAUUUACCACCGCCACACCCACUAACCCGCUCACGCCGCAGACACAACAGCUCAGAGCAUUUUACUAAUUAUUUAAAUUUAAUCGUAAGAUUCGCAUGCUUUCGAUGUGUUCCUUUCUCGCGUAGUUCUUAAAAUACGACUACUUCUGGAUUGAGAGCGUAUAAAUUGUUGCUAAAUGGAUAUGUUUCCGGUGUUUCCGCACACACAACGCAUUUUGAGGAUACACAUGUGAUACUGAGAUAAUAAGUGAACCAAAAACCGAAACCAGAAAUCAAACUCGAUGAUUUGGCGCCUUUGCAUUUAAGACGAACACACAAAAAGCACAAUGAAAUUGUUACAGAACACAACUUAAAAAUUUCAGACAUACUAAACUCCUAACCUUAGUUGUAAGCCCUGUAUUAGCAACUUGAUGAACAAUAACAGUCUUAUUCGAUAAUAUAAACCGGUACUCUCGUACUCAUUCGGCAUAGGGAUCCCGUAAAUAUCAGCAAUAAUCACACUCUAUAUGCACCCAAUUAAUGUAUAUAUAUAUCACACACAUAUAUCCGAUAUAUACACCACAUGUUGAUUUAAUGUAACCGGUCAAAAAGAGCGGAUGUAUAUUUCGAAAAUAUACCCGAUCGUGUCCCAAUUUUGUACGUCUAUAGUCUAAUUAAACCAAGUUGUAAUGCAAAUUUGCAUUCCACGGAAAACCAGCAUGUAAUAACAAUAACAACACAAUAAUUAAAUCGUGUAUUAUAUAGUUUAA